AUGAGCCUUCCACGGCAGUUUGAUCGAAAUGGUCGAAUCCAUCAAUCCGGCAGCCGUGGCUCAUUACAAAAUAAUGGGCGUCCUCAAGAUUCUUUGAAUUUAGUCAGAACUUUCAACUUUAGCGUAUUUUAUCGAGAAAUUAAGGCCUCGCUUGACUUAAAAGACCAAAUUAUUACUAUAACACAUGACCAGAGCUAUCCAUAUCGUGUUGCACAGAUAGCUUCCCAAACUUUUCAUACAGUUUUCUACAUUGUUGCAAAUUCUCUCAGAAGGAAAUCGCUAGAAAACAAAAUACAAGCUGUAGUUAUGACAAUCAAGCAAACAGCACAGUUUCUUUCACAAAUUCCUAAUAAUUCGUGUAUUAUUAUCGAUUCUUUGUGGGAUAUAAAUAAAGACAUAACUGGACCUCAAUUAGAACAAAUUAUUCUCAUAUUAUCUAAGCGAUGCCAGUUUAUUUACAAUUCAAUGCCUUUUGCAAAUUUACAGACGAUAUCUCAAUGGAUUUUCUCUUUUUGCGGCUUAGCACCCAAAAUCAUUGAAGCUCCCAUUGAAAGAAAUGCCGUCGCACACUUUAUUUUCUCAGAAAAUCCAUUUCAAAAUAGAUUAUUUAGAAAUACCUCGAUUUUCAUAGAUAUGCUUACCGUUUCGGAGAUACUGGAUCAAUGCACACCUAACAUGAUAUCAAAUGAUGGAAUUUUCCAAGAAAUUUGUGAUAUCAAAAAAUUAAACUUAGAUCCAAUACUUGUAGUGUUUCCAUCGAAUGGACACCUCAGAUCUUUCGCAAAGGAACAUCCAGAAUAUCAAACAAUCUACGAUUCAUAUGAUUUGAAUCAAAUGACUGAACAAAUUGAAAAAUUUCAAUCAACAUCAAACGGAAUUUUACUUACAACAACCAAAGUUGCUGAUUCUAUCUAUAUACCAGCAAAAUCCGUUGUUUUGACGUCAUUAUUAAAAUUUGAUGGUCACAUGAUGAAAACUAUGACUCCGUGCGAAGUCCAUCAGAUUGUAAGAUGCGCAGGACGACCAGGAAUCGAUCCAAGAGGCUAUUUUUAUACAACAUUACAUCCAGGAAUGUCAAAGUUUGAUAUUUCGAGUAUUUUUAGUACAGAUCUUCCUGUUAUCUCAAGUAGAUUCAAAAUUACUGAAGAGUUCUUCCUUACAGCCAUUUUUUCAGGAGUUGCAGAUUUUGAAAAUUAUUUGUGUUGUUUACUUGGUAGUUUUACUGUAGCAACACGUGGACCAUUGCUACAAGACCAAAUAAACCAAAUAAGUAGUCAGAUGCCUCCUGAUUCGAUUGUAGAAAAAGUAAUUCAUCUCAUGUCCCUUGAAACAUCCAUUUGUACGUUGGAGACACAUCCUCUCAAUAUCAAACCACUUCUCGUUAACGGCCGAGUUGUCCGCGCCCGUUCCAUGCUCGGUGACCAUGCUUGGUCGAUCUGUUUUGGCGGAACUGUUUGUGGUACAGUCACUCUGGCGAUGCGAGGAGUUCCAUCUCGUGGUCGUACAAUUGACAACGACGAGAAAUGUCUGAUAACUUUGCCUGUUCAUGAAAUUGUCGCGAUAUCUAAGACAAUUAACCCUUUGAGUCGACAACAGCUGACUCAAAUUGACGACAAUGAUGCCCUUAUCGGAAAAGAUUACGAGUAUUAUGACGGAGAACUCACUUACGCCAAUGAAAAAUAUCAUAUGUUAUUAAAUGAGAUGCAACAGAUCAAAUCGACCCUUGAACCCAAUCUUUUGCAGUGUUGGAGACAACUUGCAGAGGUCUGCAUCCGCCACAAACUCCUCAAACAGAAAAUGAAACAAAUAAAUCUGCAACAACCUUUGUCAGAUCUUUCAAAGAUACGUGAUUCUGAUUAUCACAUUGGGCUGUUCCCAGGUGCAUCGGACAUGGCCGCUCAAAAAGCUUUUGUUGUUAGGUCAUCCGGAGUUUUUUCAUGUUACGCGCUUGAAAACGCAAUAGAGAACAAAUUCUGGGAGAAACUAAGUGAUAAAGAAUCAGCAGCUUUCAUUAUUCUGUGCAUUGGAGGAGAGAAAUAUGAUGAAUACGCUGGAUAUAUACCAGAAUGCGUUAAUUCAUACAUGACGCAGAGUGGAAAGGAUUCAUCAUUCUUCCUAAAUGCACUGGCUCUUCUUGACGAAGAAAAUGAAACAAAUUUGCUCGAUACAAAAGCUUUUGAAAUGGCAUGUCUACUUAAAAAGGCCAGGAAGUCUGCUAAUGCACUGUUUAAAGCAGCAAAUCAACUGAAUAUACCACGGUUUUCACAGAAGAUGUCUAAUGUUGUUGAAAUCAUCAAAAAUUCUUCAUUGUAUCGUGAAUUUUUUUGA